CCCCACGCUGCCCAACGGAGCCACAUUCAAUCAUCUCAUCUUCCAUCUGUCGCCGUCAUCUCCGGGCUCCAGCCAAAACUCGUCACCGUGCGGUUCCCUCAUCUUGCCAGCCAAUCCUCGGCCAUGGACUUCUCCGACAUUUUUCGCAUGGUGAAUUUCGCCGUUGCCGUCUUCGUAGUCCUCGGCGGUAUCGCGAAGCUAUUCCCCUUCAACGACUUCUCCCACAUCAUCCUCGGUGUCUACCUAAUAAUCUUUGGUCUUGGAACUGCCCUCCUUGAGUUCCAGAUCCCCCAACAAGUGGCGCGAUAUGCCUCGUUCAUGUUCUCGUUCCUCGGCCGCGGCAUCUUCUACAUCUUCAUUGGCUCCGUCGUCGUAGGCGACGGCUGGUACCGCAUCAUACCCGGUACCAUUGUUGGCUUCAUUGGUGUAGCCUAUGCUGCUCUGGAGUUUGUUCCCUCGAUUGAGCCCCCGGCGAACAUGCGUGAUGCUGAUGCCGGCUGGGGCGCCGAGCAAGUCUAAACUCGACAUUGACGACGAAGAGGAUGGCGCUCGAAGAGUCCUCGUAAAGACAUUGUCCGUGCGGCCUUUCAGCCCAGGCGGUGACCUGGUCGCACGCUUUCGCUGCAUCCAAAGCAGGGAUUAUGUGUGGUUGGUUGGUUGGCUGGCUGGCUGGCGGGAACGAUGAGAGAAACGACUGCAGUUAUAACAAGUUGUUGGAAGGGAGCCAGGUCUCGACCUGGAACAGACGAGUGGCUACUCUGGAAUCUCAAGUUGAGAAGAAGAGCAAGUCACUGCUUGGAUUGAUGGGGGGGUGGGGUGUAGCAUAAGUAGUGUGUAGGAUCAACAAACAAGGUCAUAGUACUUGGCG